CUCCCCCCCCCCCUACACUCCUAUCAAAAUUUAAGUAAAAUUUUAAAAUGAAAUCCAUGAAUUUGUACUGCAAUGGUCUGAAGUUGUUUCGGCAAUUAUUGAACCAUUGCAACCCGCUGAUGCAGAUGCGAACAAAAACCGAUUCACUGCAAUUGCCGCGCACGGAGAGUCUCGAGGAGAAGGUGCAUCGUCUGAUGAUGGAGCGUGUGAAGAAGAAGACUCCCUGCUAUUUGGUGGUGCGACGCUCCGAAUACAAAUGCAAGGCGUACCAAGAAAUGGAUGAAAUCAAGGGCGUCUGUGUGCCCGAGCCAUGCCCCCUGCCCUUAGAUGUGCUGGCCUACAAGCCAAGUGAUAAGUCGCGGCGCUAUCAGCAAACCUGGUCGGAGUUCGAGCCACAGACACCGAGAAGACCCCGAUUGCGUAAGAUCUAUCCCGCGAGGGAGCGUCGCGAGCCGCGCGUAGUGCGGGACAGGCUGCAUACAGCCUGCAAGCUAAAUGUGAGGCAAAGUGGACGUGCCCCGCCCCCCAAACUGUUUCCCGCCUCCACGAAGCCGUGGCCCUGUUGUAAAAUAGGCUAUCCCCACUGUCGGCCCAUAAGACUGGAUGUGGGCUGUCCCCGCGGCCGCGAACCUUCGUGCUGCAAGAAGCGCAAGACUCAGUUUCCAAGCUUCUCCGAGUGCAAGCAGUAUCCACUCUCGCCACCGAUAGCUCCAUGCGAGUGCGAUCGCAAGCCUUGUCUAUGCGAAAUGUGGAGCUUCUGGCGUAAGAAGUUCUGAUUCUGAGUCCGGCGCCACUACUCAACUCAACCCAAUUCGAACUUACCUCAAGCGAUUGCUGUUCAUUUUCAUGGUUAUUUUAUUUGGUGUUUUCGAUGCUGCACGUGAAAAGUUGUUAAGCAGCAAUGCGGGUGAAUUCAUUUUAGAGCUUUUUAGAGCAAAAUUACGUUUUAUAUAUUUGGAUUUUCGCAUAUUGGCAAACUUUUAGGGAAUAUACUAUUUGGCAGCUAUACACAUACAUAUAUUUAUUUUGCAAACAAAAGAAUUGGACAAAUCCAUAUAAUAUGGCAUAACUUUAUAAAACAAGUU